UCCUCUUCAUCCUCACUUCCUCCUCCUCCACACCUCCGUCCUCGUCCUACUCUUUUCCUUUGCUUCCGACGCUCAGCUGAGGCGGUGAAUGAAAGGACUGAGGGAGCUUUGUCUGCAAACAGACAGUAAGUGAGAGAGAGAAGGAGAAAGAGAGAGAAAGAGAGAAGGAAUAGACAGAGAGAGUCAGAGGAAAAAGAGAGUGUGCAGUCUAGAUAGAGCGCAAGCCAGAGCUUGUCAGUCGGAACAAGCGUCUGCGUCUGUGUGUGUGUGUGUGUGUGUGUGUUGGGGGGAAGAGAGCGCGAGCGAGCAAGCAUCUGUGUGUGUGUGUGUGUGUGUGUGUGUGUGCGUGCGUGUGUGUGAGCAAGGCACAGAGCGAGAGGGAGGGAGAGAGCACACAAGCGUCGGCGCGAGCUAGGAUGGGAGGAUUCAGACCGUGCCGGAGCUAGCGGGGAAGGAUGCGCCUGGCUCGGACGCGGCCGUGCCCGUUGGCUGCCACUCAGGGGCUCGUCGCUCGCACGCUGUGCCCAGGGCGCCACCACCAGCACAGCCAGGGGAAAGGUGCCAUGUGAGAUUCCCUUCCGUGUCCUUCGGCACCAGUAGGGUGAUUUGGGAACGAACGCUGCCUGCUUCGCCCCGGCGUUCCGACUCCACCAGGGUUCUGACGUGGAAUUCACCCCUGCCGACUCCUUCACUGGGGGAGAGGAGAGGAGAGGAAAGAGGCGGAGGCUGGCUUUCGACUUGGUGAAAAAUUCCCCUCAACCAAAACAACGAGGGAGAGAGAGAGGAAGAGAGAAAGAGGCAACCAGAGGAAGGAAGAAAAAAACAAAGUGAACACAUCCUUGCCGACAGUCUGCACUUCCUGGAAGACUGGAGCUCUUCCUUAGCAACUAUCACCAGUGAAUUACAAAAUGAGCAAAUGAAUAAAAACACACAAACACAGUGACUUGCCUCUUGGCUGAUCCUACACCACUCUGCUCUCUGAUUGCAAAUGACACAAGAGGUAAGGAGGAACACGCCGACGAGAGGAAAGUUCUAGAUUUUUCCGGAGUGCGGAAGGACAAGGCACAGAGGUCCUUUGGGUACCAAGGACGACCCAGUGGCCCGGAUACGUCUGUCGUAGCCGGCACCAGAGGUCCCAAAUCACCCUGGUCAGUGAUAUCCCAGAAUUCCGUGUGGCUUGCUUUCGCUCUGAGACAACCCUCAGCUUCAGCCACACCUAGGGGACUUUCUACACAGCCAGGUCUUCACCUCUGGGAUUAAACCCUUCUGACGAAACACACACACACACACACACGUAUACCUCUUCAUCGCACAUUUCCUCUUCCUCCUCCUGCUCAUGAGACACAACUGGGGACGUAACAGAGCGAGCUUUUUAACCACGGUCGCAGGAGGUGACCGGGAGCCAGCGUUCCUCUUUCUACUCUUCCGUCACGUCUGACGCUUUUCACACACCUGGAGUACCCUUUUUUUUCAUCUUUCCCUCCAAUCGGCUCUGCGUGUGUGUGAGAGUGUGUGAAAGAGAGAAAGAGAGAGAGAAAGAGAAAGAGAGAGCAGCAUUCCUGAGGGAAGUCAAUUUAGAAGGCAUUGUCUGUUCCUUGCGGGUAAAAAAUAACAUGGAACCAAACCGCUUUUAAAACUUGAGGAACUGCUUGGAGCUGCAUUGGUUCCGGUCUGUAGCUUGGAUGCUGGUCUUUGGGGAGGUGAUAUACUUAAGCUGCCGAUGCUGGGAGCUGUUUGUGUCCUUGCCUACUUUGCAAAACUAAGGAUUUAAGAAAGAAAGAAAGAAAGAAAGAAAGGAAGAAAGGAGAAAAACAAGUUGAAAGUGAGGAACUUCAGAAAAGUGGCGCGUUAAUGGGGAAAGGAAGAUCUUGAAACACACUGACAAAUGAUCAAUGUGCUCCUGGCUCCGGUGGCGGCAGCAGCAGCAGAGGCAUCACUGAAAGCGGGUCGCGGCGAAGGCAGCGGUAGCAGCGUGCGCGGGGCUCAGCGGCUCUCCGAGCUCCCCCAGCGGUCGGCCGGCGGCGUCUAAAGAUGUUGAGGUCCCCCUGUUCGUCCGGGGCCCCCGUUCGGAUCGCCAGCAACGUGGCUCCUCGCGCACACAGACAUGGACCCCCCCAGAUCGUCGCUGUCGUCGUCGUCGCCGGCUCAUUCGCGCCCUCACCCGUGCCCCCCCCCUCGCCCUGUGCCCGCCGCUGCCCCCCGCCGCCACUGGCCCCAGCGCCGCCUGUGAAGGAUGUCGGAGCGGCGAGCGCCAGUAAGGACGCCGGACGCCAGUGAGAGCCCCAGUCAGAGACAACUCAUCCGGACCCACAUGAAGAUGGUGAUCGCCCAGCUGGAGGGCAUCCUCAAGGAGCUCAAGGAUGUGGCCCAGGAACUGCGGGAGGUGGUGGGUCAGAUUGACAAGCUGACAUCGGACUUCGACUUCGACCUGGAGCCGGACGACUGGACGGUGGCUACAGCCAGCAGUACGUCCAGCAGCGAGCGUGGCCUGGGAGAGGCCUUCCGCCUGGACUUCCUCAGCCACGACCUGCUCUCCGACAGCUGGGAGUUCUGCAACUUCCUGGAGGCCUCUGCUUCUGCCUCCGCCUCCGCCUCCGCCUCCACCUCCACCUCUACCGUGCCCGGAGCUGGGCCAGGAUGUGGUUCAGGCCCAGGAUCAGGAUCGAGAGCAGGAGGAGAAGGAGGCGGAGGAGGAGGAGGAGGUGGUGCCACCGUAACAAGGACAAAGUCGGUGGGAGUCAGAGCCUCAACGACAGCCGUUCAGACCGGCGAUGAGAACUUGGACCAGGGGUCGGGCCAGGGAGGGAGAGGGGGAGUGCCCCUCUCCGCUACCCCCCCGCCCACCACUGCCACCGUCGGCACCACCACCUACGCUUCGGCCUACUCGCAGAUGAACGGGGGUCUUCCCAUCCCCAACGGCCCCCUGAUCGUCACGCCAGACUCCUCCAGCGAGGAGGCCUCCAGCUCCACGUACAGCCAGAAGACGUCGCGCAACUCGGGCACACGCGAGCGCGUGCGCUUCAGCGACAAGAUCCUCUACCACGCGCUCUGCUGCGAUGACGACGAGGACGACGAGGCUGAGGAGGAGGAGGAAGAGGCGUACGGUGUGGGCGGGGAGGAGGAUGAAGAUGAUGAUGACGAGGAGGAGGAGGAGGACGGGGAUGACGAGGACGACAAGCGAGACUGCUGCACGCCGGACACGGACAGUGAACUCAGCCCUCUGGCCUGCUCCCCCAUCCCACCCCUCACCUCCAUCGCCUCCUCUGCCACAACAGAACAUUCCAGAUUCCAGAACUGUCUAGAUCCCGCGUCCAUGGGCCCAUCGCUAGUGGGGAGGCUGCCUCUGGGGACACACUCACUGGGACGGAAGGGUCUCCUGCAGCCCUCGUGUCGGAAGAAACUGCUCCGCAACAGCAGCACGCAGACUGUCUCAGACAAAAGCACCCAGACUGUACUGCCCUAUGUCCCUGCCAAACAGAAAACAAAGGACCACUGAGAGAACAUUACACUUUGAAAAACAUAAAAGAGUACAAAGAAAAGAAAAGAAAAAAAAGUACUAUAAACAAAAAAGAACUGUAUACUUAUUUAAUAUUAUUACAUAGAUCAUAGAUUAAUACACAAAUUAAUUAAUAAUUACUAAAAUAAAUAAAUGAUAUAUGGGAAUUCAAAAAAACCACACUCGACUACCUAAAGUCAUUCUAAGGCUCAGGGAUUUACGGGUAAGGAUGAGGAAGAAAAGAGGGGGGAAAAGGGAGAGUGUUUGUCCAAGAAGCCGAGAGGCGGGAGUCGGGAGUCGGGAGAAGGAACGGGGUUGGUAGGUGGACCAAAAUGACAGUCCCUGCUUCUGUAAAGACAUGUACAAUAUGACUUCAUACUCCCUUUUUUCUGUUUGUUCUCUCCUUUUUCCAUCUGCAUCACUUGUCGGACAUAUUUUACUAUGAAAUCUUUAGUCGAAAUAAUGGUUGUGGAAAGCA